AUGUCACAACCGAAAAAAAGAAAAUACCCUUUGAGAAAUUCAUCAAUCAAGAAAUCCAAAAAUAUGUUGAAUGAAUCAACUAAAGUUAACGCUAAUCACAAUAUUACUACUAAACCUACAUUAGUUCAAGAAAUUAUAAGUAAAAUUAGCCAAUCUAAUAAUAAUAGGAAAAACAACGUAUCUAAUGUCAGUGGUUCCUUUUCACCCAUCAAUAUAUAUGACAGCAUUGAGCUUGGAAAAGUGUUAAGUCCUAUAAAUCUUGCUAUCAAACAAUUUAUGAAAAAUAAAAUUUACCCGACUGAAGAUGAAUUAAUGGAUGCAUCUAGAGAUGCACUAAAAGCACAUAAUUCUGAACGUUUAAAAAAUGAAAAAUGGAUGCCUCUAUGGCUUGAAAAAAUAUCUUCGCAUGCACAUGGUCAAGCAAGGAAAUUAAGAGGGCAAUAUUCUUCUCUAAUAAAAGACAGCCUAUUUAAAGUUUUUAAAGAGUGUGGUAUAACACCAGUGAAUACCAAUACAUCUAUAAAAGAUGUGGAUACUUGGAAAAAAUCGGACAUAGUAAGGUGGUGUUAUCAAAUUAUCGAUAGUAAGAAAACCGAAUAUGAUGUAACAGAUGAUGAAACUUAUUUCGAAACAAUUUUAAGAAAAGUCUGGAAAAAGCAAGAAAUUACUAGUGAAAAGGUUGCAGUGUGUAUUUGUGUUUUAGAUGAACACCGUGAUGGUGUAAAAGCGGAUGAUAAAUUUAUCAGAAAAAAAAUGGAUGAAAUAUUGUGUCCUGAUGAAAAUGAUUUUGAUAUUGAACAAUAUUAG